CGUUUUGCUUUUAUUGUUUGUGGAACGCAAAGUAGAAUCGUCCUACGUGUGUCUGCAGCUAUGUCCUUUAUGUCCUCACAUUUCGCUUUCGUAAAAUGCAAUAAACAACAGGCCUAAAAAAUAUGUUUAAAAAAUUAAUAUAGUACGUGUAAAAAUAGCUCGUGGUAAAGGAAAAUUCUAGGGGGGCUUCAUUUGGGUCUGCAAGAUUUGUGCGAUUGUCAUCUGUAAGAGUUAAGUGACGCGGUUCUAACCCGUGCAGUGAGCGAACGAAGCCGGCGGGUUAGUUGAGCUGCGGUUCAAAUGCGGUUCGGAUGCGGUUCAGAUGCGGUUCAGCGGGAUUAGCGCGGGUUUACUGUCCACUGACAGCUUGAGCGCUAAAACUUGCAAGACGAGUCGUUUUAGGUCGUUUCCAAAGCGGAUCCUUUCACUCAUCAUUAUUAUGAGACACGCCGGCGUCUUUACAUGCUCAACUGAAGCACUGACUGACCUCCGCUUCGUCAGUUUCUCAUUCAACGCGAGGACUGCAGAGUAAUUCACCACCACCAGCAGCAGCGAUCCUAGCGUUUUCUUUUUCAUCAUGCACUACUUUUCCGUCAGCUCGAUUCGCCCAAAAAUGUACUGCUUGUUGUGUCUUUUUGAAGGCGAUCAUGACAUGAACUAGCCACUGCCAGACUACAGUGAGUGAGUGAGUGAGUUCUCCAUCUGAAAGACAUGAACUGAAGCGACGACUUCUUGCCGUGCUUUCGGAUGUAAUGAAUGGUGGACACGGGCGAAAGGAGCCGCCGGGCGCGCUUCUCCUUUCUUUUCCUUUCUUUCUUUUCUUUUAUUUCUUUCUUUCUUUCUUCUCUUUUCUUUCUAUUCUUCCCCUCUCUCUCCCUCCCGCUGGGCACUUCUUAAGGUGGCGCCCACGUGUUACUUUGAAAACGACACAAUGCGUUUGCUCGAAAUCACAUUUUUCUUACUUUGAUAUUUGAACUUUUGGCACGUUUGUCCAGUUUUUAAGAUAUAUUAUCGGAUUUAGAUUUUUCAUGUUUGACCCAAAUGAUUUAUUAUAGUUUAAGGGAAGGAUCAAAUUUUAGUGAUCGAAGACGGAUCUUGGAAAAUGUGCCCUUCCCUUCAUACCACUUUACAUUGCAAUGUGCCAGUAUUUCAGUGUCGCAGAAGGCACGGCACUAUGGGUUUAGUGACAAAAGCAGGAACGUCGUCCGUGUUUAUUGUCCGACCAAAUCAGUCCUCCUUAAGCGCUUCUCCGCCCCCCUCCGUCGCCCGGCCUCCUGCCACUGGCCAACCAGCAAAGAGCGGAUGCGAUGUAUCCUUUUUCAGCGGCGAGAGCCGACCAAUGGGCAGCGGCCUGCGGAACAAACACAGAGCCCCGCAUUCUCCGCAUUCUCAUUCAUUCAGUUGCUGGGGCGGGUUGUGUGCGCGUCACAUAGCUACGCACACGCACCCACCCACCCGCACACAUACACGCACACAUACAUACACACAGCGCGACACACACACAGCUUCGCGGCGGCUGGAGAAAGCGCUCUGCGUCUCGCAGUUUUUCCACGCCACUAAACCAGCGCAAAAAAAACAAAAAAAAAAAAAAGAAACCGACGCCGAUUUCGGAUACAAGUUUACCGUUGACUUUUUUUUUUUUUUUUUUUGCAUCCUUCCCUUUUUGCUUUGCGCCCGAAUCAGUUCAAUUUCUUUUUGCUCUUUCUCAUUUUUCUGCGCUUGCUGCUGCGCUCAGUAACAAAACAAGCGUUGACUGACACACGAAAUCAGCGCUCAGAGCAGAGAGACCCCGGUGCUGCACUGAGUGCGUCGAUCUGCAGAGCUACACCAUGGAUUUACCACACCUGGGACGCAUCGGUGUAUAAAUGCUCGCAUGUGGACGGAGAAAUAGCGACAGAAUAUUAUUUUGAUGCAUUUGGAUGUACAGGAUCAGUGCUCGUGCCCGCGUUACGUACUACUGACUCAGUGAGUGUCUUUGGAGCGGCCCUUCUUCAUGUUUUCGUUGAUGGAUUCCACAUGGACGCUUACCCAUAGGAUUUCAGAUGCGUGCCAAGUCUGCGGUGAACAUCGGCAGUCCUGAUCACCCCAGAUGGAGCUCCAAAGUCAACAUGGCACCGGCGGUUCGUUAGUCGCGAUCCAGCAGCCGUCCUCGGACAGCAGGCAGAGGCUAGAUUACGAGCGGGAGCUUCAGCACGCGGCCAUUCUCUCUCUAGACCAAAUCAAGGCCAUCCGCUCCAACAACGAGUACACGGAGGGGCCCUCGGUGGCCAGGAGGCCCACGGCACGGACGGCGCAGAGGCCCGAGAAGCAGGAGAGGACUCACCAGGUUAUACAUGUCAACGUGAACAACAACUAUGAGCACCGGGUCAGCAGCCCCUUGGGGCCCUACCCUGGCACAAGAGGACCCGUGUUGAGCCGCUCCACGAGCACCGGGAGUGCCGCCAGCUCAGGCAGCGGCAGCAGUGCCUCCUCCGAGCAGGGUCUCCUCCCUCGUUCGCUGCAGCCCAGACCUGGGCCGGCGCAGCGCGUUGAGCGCCCCGUUCGGACGCAGCCGAAGGCUCCGGCCCCUCCGGAGGACUCGCUCAAGCCGGCGGGCCGGGGGGACGCGUCGGGACAUCGGUUCAUCUGUGAGCGGUGCGGUCGGUGUAAGUGCGGAGAGUGCACGGCUCCCCGGACCUUGCCUUCGUGCCUGGCCUGCCGCGGGCUCUGCCUCUGCUCGCCUGAGAGCGCCGUGGAGCAUGGGACCUGCAUGUGCCUGGUGAAAGGCAUCUUCUACCACUGCUCCAACGAUGACGAAGGCGACUCGUGUGCCGACAGCCCGUGCUCGCUCUCCCGGUCACACUGCUGCUCCCGCUUCCUGUGCAUGGGGCUCAUGUCAGUGCUCUUCCCUUGUUUACUGUGCUACCCGCCAGCUAAGGGCUGCGUGAAAGCCUGCCAGGGCUGCUACGACCGGGUCAGUCGCCCCGGCUGCCGGUGCAAGAACUCCAACACGGUCUACUGCAAGCUAGAUAGCUGGUCGCCCAGGGGCCAGGAGAAGCCCGCGUGAUUCUCGGUGUCAAGAGAAAGAUUUGUCAUGACUGAUUAUAUUGAAAAAGUAAUAAUAAUGAAAAUAACAAUAAUAAUAAUUGUUUAUCAAACAUUUAAGCACCUCCCUUCCGAGGGAUCCGGUUUGGAGCGAGCGUGUGGAGUAUGAAACCACUUUUUUCAGGACCUUUCUACGAACCAGUGUUUGCCUUAGCAUUUCUUUGUGUCGUCUUCAGCUACUCAUUAACACUCUUGACUCGUUGCAAAGAAUUUCCUUUCAGUCUGGUCGAGUUCUCCAACGCUUCGUGUGAGAGCAGCCUCUCACCAAAUCUGUGAAGGACUAUCUAGACAAUAUGUAGCUGUUACCAGACAUCCAUAGCAACCAGGAUUGUUUUUAUGUAAUCAGUUGGUACUGCAUUAAAGCUGUGGUUAACGCUGUUCUUUUGCUUUUGUGGCAUUUUUUUGUAGUAUUUCUGUUGGACUUUUUCCCCCAUUUCCAACAUCCAUGUUCUUUCUGUGGCAUUCUUUUGUAAAUUGUAUGUAUAAAUCCUAAAGAUAAUUUUGGCUAUUUUUUAAAAAGUCUGUUAAACAUUUUGUUGUAAAGAAUAUUUAUUAUGUGAAGCUCUAUUAUUUUAUGAUAUUUAUUGCAGAAAACAGUCUUGAAAAUUUACUCAUGUCUGAAUAUAACAAUAUCAAUACUUACUGAAAUUAAAGGGUGGCACAAAAGAAAAA